AUGGCGCCCAGCUCCUUGAAAAGGCGACGUAUGCUUCAUAAUGCAGUAAGAAAGAUAUUAAUUCCAGUAUUCAUCCUAUUCUGCCUUGCGACGUGCAUUCCUGUAAAGACGCAUUUCGCAAAUAUAUUCCAACCACCCACUAAAUUGGAAGGAUACACAGGCGGCCUGAUAGAUGACGUGAGAUUCCUAAAAUGCUUCCGUUGGUACAAAGACUGUGAUGUCAUUCUGGAAAAGCGAGGACGCAAUGGCGAAUUUGUUCCUUGGAUGAGGGUCCGGAAAGAGUUGGAUGAAGAGAAGCUUUAUUCCGUAGAUUCAGGCCUUUUUUACCGCUCGUACCUUUAUGUGCAUCCUUGUGAUGGGAACAAGGAUUGUGUUUCGGACUUGGCUAUAGCCAAAGAUCGAUCAAGUAUUCCCAUGCAAGUUCUACAAGACAUCAAUGCAAAAAUCCAGUCAAAGGACAGCUCCAUGUUCCACGGGCACGAGCACCAUAAAACCUUCUGGACUAGAAUUUUUGGCGGGAGACGGGAACGGCUGAGUUUACAAGGCGAGGAUUGGCACUACAGACGCCACGGUAUUUGGUGCAAAUACUCUUCUAGCAAUAAAAUAGACGAAGGGCAGUCAAUUACUAAUCUUCAAAUAUUUCUUGGGAGCGGCUUCGUAGACCCUAGACCUAUGUGGAAGACUGCAAUACAUGAAAUGGAUCACAGAAAUUCUGAGAGUCCUACUCCAAUAUCGAUAAGCAUUCAAAAGUACGAUAAAAGCAUGGAUUCGCGAUUCGUAACGGAAAAUGGCAUACUAAACGCAGACGACGGAAAAUUCAAAAUACUUCAGGUUUCAGACUUGCACGUCAGCAAUGCUAUAGAGAGAUGCGAAUCACACUUAUGUACUAAUGAAUGGAAGACGCAAAGGUUCAUAAGUCGCAUAAUUGAGCUGGAAACCCCAGAUUUAGUUGUUUUUACCGGCGAUUUUAUCAAUGGCCCUGAAACCACGGAUUACCAAACCGCAAUUCUAAAAGCAACAGAAUGUGUAAUUUCUGCAAAGAUCCCUUGGGCAAUGACCUGGGGCACUCUCGAUUACUCAAAAUACGCUUCUGAAAGAGACAUUUUCAAUUUUAUCAAAAGCCUCCCAUACAAUUUGAACUAUUUGCAUGCAAAGCAGGUACAGGAUGCCUCUUUGAUAACAACAACAUUUGCAUUGCAGUUGAAGCGUGAUAACGAAAUAUUUGGGGUUGUUUAUAUUCUGGAUUCAACAAACCCUGAGAAUGCAGUUGAUUUCUUAAAGACCGCUUACGAAAACGCGUCGAAGAACUCGGAUAGGGACACGUUGUACUCAUUGGCGUUUCAACAUGCACCAAUCCCAGAAUAUAGACCAAGCGGAUCAUUUCCCAUCAUAGGCUCAUACAAUGAUAAAAGCCCGUUGGAUGUUCCACAGGUUGGAAUCCGUAAAGCACUAGAUGACUUCAAAAUACAUGCAUUUAGUUGCGGACAAGAACAUGGGAACGACUGCUGCUUACAGUCAUCAGAUUCGAAUUCUAACAAAGACGUUUGGCUCUGUUACGGCGGCCAUGCUGGAGUGGUGGGUCGCUACUCACCGGAAGACAGUGCCUCUAGUGUCAGGCUCUUCCGCAUCGAUGACAGCCUCAAAGAAAUCACUACGUGGAAAAGGAAUUCGCGUGAACCAGAUUCUGUUUAUGACUACCAAUUUCUGUUCAAGGAUAACCCUUAG